AUGGCUUCCCCUACUAGUCUGCUAUCAGAGAAUCAGUUCCAGUGUUCUGUCUGUCUGGAUGUGUUCACUGACCCAGUCACGACCCCAUGUGGCCACACCUUCUGCAUGGCCUGUAUCAGAGGGCUCUGGAAGAUCAGUUAUGGCUGUAAGUGCCCAACCUGUGAGAUAACCUUCACAGUUAGGCCCCAAAUUAGCAUCAAUGUUGCAUUCAAAGAAAUCACCGAUCAAUUCAAGAGGAUUCAAGUUGGCAUCUCAAACCUAACUGUCGCUAAGCCUGGUGAGGUGGCCUGCGAUGUCUGUACCGGAGGGACGAUCAAGGCCCUCAAGUCCUGCUUGGUGUGUCUGACCUCUUACUGCGAGCCUCACCUGGAGCCUCACAAGAGAGUUGCUACGCUGAAGGUCCACAAACUGAUUGACCCUAUGGAGAACUUGGAAGACAGGAUGUGUAAGAAGCACGAGAAGCUCCUGGAGUCGUUCUGUAAGACCGACCAGAUGUGUGUCUGUCAGUUCUGCACCGAGACGUGCCACAAGACUCACCACACCGUUGCUAUAGAGGAGGAGUGUGGGGAAAAGAAGGCUCAGAUAAAGAAGAUGGAGACAGGAGUUCAGCAGAUGAUCCAGUCCAGACAGAAGAAGGUGGAGGAGAUCAAACAUUCAAUGGAACUCAGUAGGAUAACUUCUAAGAAAGAGAUGGAAGAUGGUGCACAGAUCUUCACUGCUCUGGUGAAAUCCAUCAAGAGAAGCCAGGCUGAGCUCAAUGAGGGGAUCGAGGAGAAGCAGAAAGCAGCAGAGAGACGAGCUGAAGGGCUCGUCAAAGAGCUGGAGCAGGAAAUCACUGUGCUAAAGAAGAGAGGCACUGAUUUGGAGCAGCUCUCACACACCGAGGACCACCUCCACCUCCUACAGAUUUUACCAUCGCUGUGCACCACUCCACCCACCAAGGACUGGUCUGAGAUCAGUGUUGACUCUGACAUGUGUGUGGGGAAUGUGAGGAGAGCUCUAUCUCAACUAGAGGACACACUUAAGAAUGAGUUAGAGACCCUGAAAGAGAAAGAGUUUAAGAGGAUCCAGAAGUAUGCAGUGGACGUGACUUUGGACCCGGACACCGCACACCCCAACAUCGUCCUGUCCUCUGACUACAAGCAGGCACGGCGCGGUGACAUGUUGCAGAUUCUCCCUGACAACCCCCAGCGCUUCGACCCGGUGCUUUGUAUCUUGGGGAAGAGAGGUUUCUCCAUUGGGAGGUUCUACUUUGAGGUUCAGGUGGGGGACAAGACCUACUGGGAUCUGGGCGUGGUCAGAGAGUCCGUCAACAGGAAGGGGAUGAUAACUUCGACCCCAGAGAACGGCUACUGGACCAUUAGGCUCAGAGGAGGGGAAGAGUACCGGGCCCUUGCAUCCCCCUCCAUUCUCCUCUCCCUGGGGGAGAAACCCCAGAAGGUUGGGGUGUUUGUGGAUUAUGAGGAAGGGUUAGUGUCCUUUUACGAUGUGGAGGCCAAGGCUCAUAUCUAUUCUUUCACUGGAUACUCCUUCACUGAAAGGCUCUAUCCAUUCCUCAGCCCCAGUGUUAGUGAUGAUGGUAAAAACUCAGCCCCAUUGGUCAUCUCCCCUGUCAAUCAUGAAGGUUAG